AUGCCUGAUCGCCGAAAUUCUGUAAUCAAUCGGAUACAAAAACUGUUUGGAGAUAUGGACGAGUUUCAUGAGAACGAAUCAGCAAUGCAGAUGCCAGACAAGAAUCCAACAUACCAUCGGCACACACAUUACAUACAAGAGCAAGAACAUGAAGUGAUACAUGAUUUAAGUAAUGGGAACAUGAUUCAGAAUGAGGAUCAGGAUGAUAUUGGGUCUGAUCCAGGAAACCUGUCAUCAGAUAACCAUAAUGCAAUGAUGGCACGUGGCAGCAUUGAGGAUACAAACCAGCUUACACUCUCUUUCCAGGGUCAGGUUUAUGUGUUUGAUUCAGUCUCUCCUGAGAAGGUUCAAGCUGUUCUUUUACUACUGGGUGGGCGUGAAACAUCCUCAAGCAUGCCUUACAUGUCAUUAACCCAUUAUCAGCAGAGUAACAGGGAUCUGGGCAGUAUUCCACAACGGUUAAAUGUGCCUCAGAGACUGGCGUCACUGAUGAGAUUCCGUGAAAAGAGGAAAGAACGGAAUUUUGAGAAGAAAAUUCGUUACACUGUUCGCAAGGAAGUGGCACUCAGGAUGCAAAGGAAUAAAGGGCAAUUUACUUCUUCAAAGGGUGUUCAUGAAGAAUCUGCAGCUACAAGUUGGGAUUCAAACCAAGGUGGUUGGCACUCGGAUGGUAGUGGUUCCCAGCAUCAAGAAACCGCGUGUAGGCAUUGUGGGAUCAAUGAGAAAUCUACUCCAUUGAUGCGCAGAGGACCUGAUGGACCUAGGACACUCUGUAAUGCAUGUGGUUUGAUGUGGGCAAAUAAGGGAACUUUAAGGGAUUUGUCAAAGGCAGUUGCAGCAACUCCUGUGGGAAAGAGUCCCUCUUUGAACCAACGACAUGAGGAUGAGAAUGGAAACAUGGAUUCUGAACAAAUGGUGGUUACAGGAAACAGUCAUGAUUCAUAAUCAUAAAUCAAAAGUCUGUUGCUAAUGUGCGCAAGAUUUGGUGGUUACUUACUUGUGAGUUGUGAGUUAUGAGGAGAGUGAGUCUGUUGCUAAUAUGCGCAACUGCAAAGCAAGGUUACGUGAGUGAGAUUGAAAAGUAGGGAAAGACGAAUUUGCCAUGGGCAUGAGAGAGAAUGUGAAUUUGAGGUGAAAGAAAGGGGGAGGGCCCAUUGAGAUCUGAGAUUUAGAUCGCUUUGAAGAAACGGAAUCACCGAUUGUAGGCAAGGAAUUAACUUAAAUUCACAUCAUAUCUGUAAGACUGUAACUACAGAUCUAAUUCAUUUUUUUAUUAUUAUUAUUUAAGUCGGCAGCCGCCA